GUUUGUGUGGCCGCCGCCGCGGGAACGCGAGCCCGGUAAUUUUUCAACGGAGAAAGGCGAGGCUUUCGGGCUUGGCCGAGUGAGAGUGAGAGGAAGUGUGGGGCGCCCGCAGCUCUCUUCUGAACGGGACAGCCGGCAUGGAGCAGGAGCGGAGCAGACAGCCUGGCGGCGAGGCCGUGGCUCCCGCGCGGCUGGAGUCGCCCCGGCCGGAGUGUGGGGAGGAGCCGCAGCACCCGAAUCCCGAGAAAAAGCAACGAUGUAGAUUUGAUGGUCAAGAAACAAAAGGAUCUAAGUUCACUACCUCCAGUGCAAGUGAUUUCAGUGACCCAGUUUACAAAGAGAUUGCUAUUACGAAUGGAUGCAUUAAUAGAAUGAGUAAAGAAGAACUCAGAGCUAAACUUUCAGAAUUCAAGCUUGAAACCAGAGGAGUAAAGGAUGUGCUAAAGAAAAGACUGAAAAACUAUUACAAGAAGCAGAAGCUCAUGUUGAAAGAAGGCAGUUGUGUUGACAGUUACUACGACUACAUUUGUAUCAUUGAUUUCGAAGCCACUUGUGAAGAGGGUAACCCACCUGAGUUUAUACAUGAAAUAAUUGAAUUUCCUGUGGUUUUACUGAAUACCCAUACCUUAGAAAUAGAAGAUACAUUCCAACAGUAUGUGAGACCAGAGCUUAACACACAACUUUCUGAUUUCUGCAUCAACCUAACUGGAAUUACUCAGGAUCAGGUAGACAGAGCUGAUACCUUCCCUCAGGUACUAAAAAAAGUAAUUGACUGGAUGAAAUUGAAGGAAUUAGGAACAAAGUAUAAAUAUUGCAUAUUGACAGAUGGUUCGUGGGAUAUGAGUAAGUUCCUGAAUAUUCAGUGCCGGCUAAGCAGGCUCAAAUAUCCUCCUUUUGCUAAAAAGUGGAUCAAUAUUCGAAAGUCAUAUGGAAACUUUUACAAGGUUCCUAGAAGCCAAACCAAAUUGACAAUAAUGCUUGAAAAGCUAGGAAUGGAUUAUGAUGGGCGGCCUCACAGUGGUCUUGACGACUCUAAGAAUAUUGCCCGAAUAGCAGUUCGAAUGCUUCAAGACGGAUGUGAACUCCGAAUUAAUGAGAAAAUGCAUGCAGGACAGCUAAUGAGUGUGUCUUCUUCAUUACCAAUAGAGGGCACUCCAGCUCCACAAAUGCCACAUUCUAGAAAAUGACAGCAUUAUUGCCCUUUGCCCAUGGAUCAUUCACUCUAACUGGAGUUGCUACAAAGAGAUUUUAUUUAUUCACAAGAGACACAGAGAGAGGCAGAGACAUAGGCAGAGGGAGAAGCAGGCUCUCGAGCUGAAGACAGAUGGUCAACCACUGAGCCACCCAGGCACCCCUCAUCUUCUCUUCUACACGUGAUUCCAGAAGUUCUUCUAAUUCUUCAUUUGUUAACACUUGGUGAUGGCCUUCAGUAUGUUCUUUCACUUCAUCAAGAGUGUUGGUAAUUCCUCUUUCAACAACUUGUCUUGCUGCUGAAGGAUUCUCCUAACUUCUCCAUCAGUCCCUGGGAAGCCUUGAAAAUUAACCACGACUUCACUUGAUAAGUUCUAGCAGGCAUUUACAGUUCCUGGUUAUAAUUCAUCCACUGCAGCUUUGAUGAAUGUUACUGCAUCAGCAUAGUGAAUGAUUUCCAGCCCUGUGUUAUGCCCAGAUUAGGGUCUGCAUCACUUGAUGGUUGAAUGCAAUCAAAUACGAGGCAGGUGUAUGUGGCUUUCAUAAAGCAAAUGAUGCCCUGGCCAUGGGGCUGAAGCAGUGAGGUAUUUGGAGGUUAAAAUGCAACUUCAGCAUUUUCAUUUUCAUAGCAAACAUUCAAGAUGGUCAGGUACUGGCACUGUUACUAAUAGGACUUUAAAUUCCAACCCUUGCUCUUCCAAGUAUUUUUUCUCUUUCAGGAUGAAGCACUGGUGGAACCAUUCCAGAGAAAAGAUAGCUGUCACCCAUGCUUUCUGAUUAUGUUGCCAGAACAUGGGCAGAUAAUUUUUGUUUUCGUUUUUGAGAGCGCAUGGGUUCUUUGCUUUGUACGCUCUGCGUGGGAUUAUCCUAUGCCUUGCACAAGUGUUGACACAUAGUAGGAGUUAACUUGUCCUAUGUUUUCUGCCCUGGUACCCCUCUUGCACUUUUGUGAAGGUAUGUUCUAUUGGGCAUCUUCUUCCAGAAGAGCCUGAUUUCAUUGCAGUUGAAGACUUGCUUUGGAUGGUGGUAUCCUUUCUCUUUUUUGGUGGGGAGGGUAGGGGCAGAGGGAGAGGAAGAGCAAGAAUCUUAAGCAGGUUCUACACCCAGCAUGGAGCCCGAUGCUGGGCUCAAUCUCAUGACUCUAAGAUCAUGACCUAAGCCAGAAUCAGGAGUCGGAGCUUUAUUGAGCCAUCCAUGUGCCCCAAGUAUCCUUUCUCUUUAAUCAACUUUUUCAACUCUACCAAACAUGUAGCAACACCUUCUUCAUUGUUAGUCAUAGUCUUUCCAGUAGUUUUUAUGUUUUUUAGUCCAAACUUAUUCUUGAAUCUAUGUAAUAACCAUCUGUUACUUGUGGUAAAUGGCUUGGCAUCACUUGUUUUAGGAGAUCCCCCAUCAUUGGAGGGGCCAAGCUCCCACUGUCUCUGCAGAGGUCCUGGGUGUGGCAGUGGUGGCAAGGGCCAUUGGGAUCCUCAGAGCCAGAGGCUCCUCAUCCAGGUCUCCUGAAGCCUUUACAGGCUCAGUAUUUUCUGGCACAACAUGCUGCCAUCAGUCAAAACAUUUUGUGUUCAUGUCCUCCAACCAUAAAUUUGAUGCCUUUUCCAUCUUAACUAAGCACUUAUCAUACGCUGUGGCUGUAACUUCUGCAGUUUGAGGUGCAACAGCAAAACUAGCACAAAUUUCUUUUUCCUUCUUCACAAAUUUAUGGGUGGAAGAUUAAUUCUUACUGGAGAUCUUAGCAGCCUCAGCCUACGAUUUUUUUUUUUCUUAUUCAGUCGAAAACUUUACUUUUCACCGAGAAGCAUUUUAAGGCUUUUCUUUAGCUUCUCUGAUUUGCCAGUCCUGCCCUUAGGGGCUGUUAUUUCAUAAAAUAAGGGUUACUUAGACACAAGCACUUCAAAACCACAACAGCCCAUCUGAUAAAGGAGGUGACUACUCGGUGACUAGUAGGCGGGUAGUUUGUGCCAUGUGAAUACGCUGGACAGUGGGAUGAUUCAUACCUUCAAUAGGGUGGAGCAGGACAGCUUGAGAUUUCAUCAUGCCAUUCAGGGCACGAUAUAAAACUUAGGAAUUACUUGUUUCUGGAAUUUUCUGUUCCAUAUUUUUGGACUACAGUUCACCACAGAUAAUUGAAACCGUGGAAUGCAAAACAAGUGACUACUGUAUUCUUCAGCUCCAGAGUUUCUGUUUGGUUCUUUUUUAUGACUCCCAUCUCUGUCAAACUUUUGUUCAUGUGUUGCUUUCCUGAGUUCAUUGAGUUACCUAUUUCUCUUGAAUCUUGCUGAGCUUCCUUAAAAUGAUUAUUUUGAAUUCUUUUUCAGGUAACUCACAGAUCUAUAAUUUUGGGUGCUCGGUUACAGGAAAAUUAUUGUGUUCCUUUGGUGGUAUCUUCUUUCCAUGCUUUUUCAUGUUUCUGAUGGCUUUGCAUUGAUGUCUGUACAUUUUGCGGGAGCAGUGACCUCUUCCAGCUUUUUUUUUGGCCUGGCUUUGGUGGGAGACUUUCACCUGAAGGUGGCUGUGAGAGCCCUGGCUGGCUGGGGCGCAGUAUCUUUGGUUCCUGGGAAAACACAGCGGCUUACUCUCUGUGCAGCCCUAUUAGCCAAGGUCAGUGUUGGUACAGACUUGAAGGGGUCUUCUGUGGCCAAGACUGCAGAGGUCCUGUGGGUGGCAAGGGCUAUUGGGAUCCUUAGAGGAAAAGGCUCCUGGAGUCCUUCAGUUACCCCAUUUUGCCCAUGGGAGAAGCUGUCCCUUCUAGCUGAGGGCAUACCUCCUGGCACUUGGUCUGCCAUCCUGGCACUCUGAGCAGGGGUAGAGUGGAGUCUUGGGAUCAUGGAUAUGGAACCACCACAGUAACUGGGUCUGUGGGCAGGGGUGCACUUGGCAGUAGCAUUGGUGUCUGAGGUGCAGGUAUGUGCUGAUCUUCUGUGAAACCAGGGUGCUAGUUGGGCUCCUUUCAGUGACUCAGGUGGAGUGGUGGGGAGGGAGACACAGCAGCACAGGCCCUUAAUGACAGGGUGCGGGAGUGGCUUGGGCCCAAGGGAGUAGAGUACAGUAGCAACAUGGCCUAGGGAUGGUGGGUCUGAGUUCUAACUCUGGGCCCAGGAGGCAGUCUUAGAAGAGCAGCCACAGCAGCACAUCCCUAGUGGAGGCCCACUAAAGCCACAUGUUGGGACCCAGGGGGAAGGUUGCAGAAGAGUGGAAGCUUAGCCACUAUGGUGAUUUCAGAGCCGUGAUCUGGGACCUGUGGGGGCCCAUCUCAGAGUAGUGCAGCCUGGCCCCAGUGCUGGCAGUGAAAGCGUGACCUGGGAUUUUCAGAGCAGGGCGCAGAGCAGCAACAGGUGUCCCAGAGACAAAGUUGCAACACAGUGGGUAGAGCACAGAGCACUAGCAGCUCUGGUCCUGUACAUGGCAAGGUGCUGUGGCAUCCAGAGCUCUGAGAGUAGGGCGUAGCCACAACUGAGGCCUCUGGGGGAGGAGGAGAUAUAGCAGCUAGAAUUGGUGUUGGUGGAAGACUGUGAGGUCUUCAGCAGCAAAGGCUGCAAAACGUCCGCAGCAGUGAGGCUUGCUGAGGUUUCCCUCUCCUCCUUCCCAUGAGGUGAAUCUCCGUGAGAACCCCUCAUGGUGCCCAGCUGCUCUGUACCAAGAGGAGGUGACACAGCUAAAAUGCUUCCGGUGCUUUUCCAGAUGGCUUCCCAUGUUUUUUGUUUGUUUGUUUGUUUGUUUUUUAAAGAUUUUAUUUAUUUAUUCAGAGAGAGAGAGAGGCAGAGACACAGGCAGAGGGAGAAGCAGGCAUCAUACAGAGAGCCUGACGUGGGACUCGAUCCAGGGUCUCCAGGAGGAUCACACCCUGGGCUGCAGGUGGCGCUAAACCGCUGCGCCACCGGGGGGCUGCCCUUCCCAUGUUUUUUUUGUUUUUGUUUUUGUUUUUUUUUUUUUGUUUUGUUUUGUUUUGUUUUGUUUUUAGCUCUGCAGGGUUUUUGCUGCUCCUUAGUCCUCCAGAGUUCUCCCUGUUUUAGGGAAACAUAGUUUUCCCUGUUUUUGUCAUUUUGUAAUUAGUUGUUUAUCAUUUUUGUUAUUUUUGUGGGGGAGAUGAG